GACGCAUCAACGCCGUGAUGGCGGCUCUCAACGGCCUGAUGCCCAUGUUGGGUUACGCGUGCUACUCCCCGAUCUACUACAACACCGUCGACGUGUGGCCCGCUGCCCAGUUCUUCUUUGCUGCCGGGCUUAACGCCAUCAUCAUAGUCCUCUUCAUUAUAAUACAAGUGCGUCAAUCUUCGCCGAUCAGCCCUGAGGACCUGGAAGUGGCCCCGGAAAAAGAGGAUAAAGACGGACCUGGGAACUCCAAGACCCUUACUCUCAGUCAUUCUCUCAGUAGUCCAGGAAAAAGUCGUGAUUCUCACAAGUGCAAUGACUCACCCACACUCCAACAGUUGUCUUACGCCAAGAAAAAUACUAAAGAACUUACUUCGAGUUUGCCUCCGGUACCCAGCGAGUGUUACUCAGUUGGAGACUGUGCCAACACAGACAAUGCGAACUUCACCUCAAGAGUCAAACACAGUCCAAGUGUUAAUGGAUAUAUGACGAAGAAAAAUUCUGAUGUAGAUGAUCCUUCAGCCGACAUUGGUCAGUUUACACCAAGGACCAACCAGCAGGGAACCAAAGAAGAGCGGCCACCAGGCAUAUGGUACAGAGGAGACGAGAAGGAAGCGGGAUGUUAUAGCAGCAGAUUUAGUGAUGCGGAGAUCACUGCGUCAGAAAAGACAGACUAAGUUUCCUUGGAUAAAGACGACGCGAGACGUCCCUCCUGCCGCUCGCUAUGCACACCGGAGGCUGGUCUUAGUGGUAGUGUAUUAUGUUAACUUAAUUUACUGGAGUGUAUAAUUAACCAACCUUUACAGACACAGUGUAUGAGUGUAUAAUUAACCAACCUUUACAGACACAGUGUAUG